AAAUGCUAAGGAUUCCAAUGGUGCUCUUAUAAGCUUGAUACUAAUCAAUAUUCACUAUAUCUUCUUUGUUUUUCUGUUAGAUUUUAUCUCUAGCUGAGAUUCGUGGUGUUUAUUUCCCGAUGCUCAAGGUCAAAUCAUUGACUCUGGAUACAGUGAUCUCUCAGUAUGUUAUUCCUGGCAUAGAAAGACUGUUACAAAACUCUCCUGAUUUAGAGAAGUUAACAGUACGUGGAAGGACUUCCAGCAAUGCCAUACUGGUAUAUUUACCACAACCUCUUUUUCUAUAGCUAUUAUCCAGUUCAAAUCUAUCCAGGAACCGUUUUACUAACUUAUUUUAUGUUUGUACAGGAGCAUCAUCUUGACCUAUACUUGAAAUCACAAUCCUAGAAGCCGGAUCAAUGCUGGAAAUCGUCUAAAGAUGGUUUCAAUUGGAAUACGUCUUGUUGGUAUGUACAACCAAAGCAUGUCACUGCAUUCGUGGAACUUGUUCUUAAAGACACAGAGAAAUUAGACAAGAUGGUCCUAUUGUUGGAUAAACGUUACCUUGAGUCUUAUAUUGAAGAUCUGACUGCAACACUUCUUCACAACAACGAUGUCACCAUUGGGCCUCUUCCACCAACAUCACAAUAGGGGGUUGAAGUCUUGUCACUACCUCUAGCUUCCGCGUAGUACCUACACGGAUAUGAUUUCUGUUGAACGUCUUUUGGACUACACUAGGAUGUAUUAUAAUCUUCUAAAAUGUCUUUUCUGUUGCAGUGUUUCUUUAUUUUAUUACUUAAACAAGGCAUAUUCAAAGAAACCUUAUAGUCAUCCGAUUAAUUUUAUUAAAAGUCAAUGAUCUUACGUACGUACGAAUAUAUCAACAAUAAGUAGGAUGAAUACCCGUUCACGUUAAACAACUCAAACCUCAUCCACAUCAAAACAUCUUGAGAGAGAAAUGGCGAGACAUUUAGAAGAUAUAAUGAGCAUGGCGACAACAACACACCUCCAUGUUAGUUACCUUUUUCAUGUUGUGUUCUUGGCUCUAUUCAGCUGUUGUGUCCUCUCGGCUCUGUUACUCUCAUGUGCCGACGGAGCAUCCAGCGACAGCGACCUAGCCUAUUCCGGAAACACCCCUGAUGCCGGAGGUGCCGGCUGCGCUGGCUGCGGUGGUGGUUGUGGAGAUUAAAGAGUUCUUUCGUCUACGUCGUGGACUACUUUUGUAUUGUGGUUUUUGUUGUCAGCUUUGGUAUAAAAGCUCUUUCCUUGUUUUUUUCACAAAUAUAAGAAUUGGUUGUGUGAAUGUAUUACUAAAGCAAACUUUUGUGUCUAAACCGGGUAAACCAAUCCAAAUCCCAUAUUGAAACCCAGGGGAGUAGAUUCAUAUCAUAAUCCAUAAAGAAACGUUGAAUGUCUCAUGGUCCUAAUAGCCCCCAACAACACGACCAAGUUUCAUGUCAAGAGGAGAAGCAAAACCAAAAUUAAAAUAUGAAGCUACCAUCAAUUCUUUAUGGAUCCAGAAUCCGGAUCAACUGAUGGUUAACUGGAUUCUUUGGUGAAAUGA